AUGAAAUCCGGCGAGUAUCAGCGUCGAAAAAAAAAUAAAACGCCGCACAAGUGUGUCAAGUGCAGCGCGUCUUUUUUCCACAUGACAAAGCUGGUGGAGCACCUGAAGAACACUCACGGGAUCGAGAACGCCUUCAGCUGCGACGAGUGCGGGAAAGCGUUCAAGAGCCCGAUGAAUAUCGCGCGACACAAGUUGAUCCACUCUGGUACAAAAAAAUUCUCCUGCGACGUCUGCGAGUACACCUGCAACCAAAAAACGAAUUUAGAAACCCACAAGCGACGGCACGCUAAAGAUUUUCUGUUCAAGUGCAGCAUCUGCAAGAAGGGCUUCAUCUCCAAGGCGGACUUUGCGGAGCACGCUAAUGUCCACACGAAUUUCCGCUUCCGCUGCGACGCGUGCGACAAAAAUUACUUCUACAAGAGGAACUUGAUCGCUCAUCUGAGACUUUGUCACUACGAGGUCGAGAAGAAGAAGAACAAGUCCUCGUUCAACUGCAACGAGUGCGAGCUGGCCUUUACCACUCUAGGAACCCUCAGGAACCACAUCCGGAACCGCCACCGCGUUAAAAAGCGCCACCAGUACCUGUGCGACCUCUGCGGAGCAAAUGUCUCUUCGAAAAAAGCUCUUGAUAUUCACACCCGCACUCACACUGGCGAGAGAGACGUCGCCUACAUUUGA